GAGAGAAAUCACACGAGAUAGAAGGCGAGAACAAAAAUCAUCUUCCAAGAAAACGCAAGAAAGUCGUAAUCACUAAGGAUUUUCCUCCUCAAAAUCGAUUCUAAUACUGAGCUGAAUUUUCCCAGAAAAAGCACAAUGGCAUCGGCAAUUGGUGUCCCGUUUCAAGAUCAGAACUUCAAUGUUCAAUAUAGUGGAGCUUCUGCCGGGGGAAAGAUGCAUACGAAUAAAUCACAGAAGAAAGGGGGGCUUGGUGGAAGGAAACCGCUUGGUGAAAUAUCGAACUCGACCAACAUUGCCCCCACUCAGGCAUCAAAGAAGCAGAACUCCAAGAAUUUUGGUUUCAUCAAAGAAGUGACUCGUGAAGAAAGCAACAGAAAAAGCAUUGCUAAAACCUCAGACAAAAUGCAGACUCGUAGCAGAAAAGCACUCUCCGAUAUUUCAAACUCAGGGAAAGCACAUCUUCAUGAGGCUUCAAAGAACAAUCUUUCCCUGAAGCUGAGCGCUGUAGAAGAGGAACAUCUCUUUCCCAGUUGUAUUGCAGAGGAACAGUUUCUGCAUGACCAUCAGGAAUGCAUCAAAGCAAAGACUAAGCCGAUGGACGUGGAACAGUUUCUGGUUUCAAUUGGACUAACCAACGGUUCUUCACAACAGGUCGAAUCUCCACGGGUUCCUCCUGUAAAGUUGAGCAAGAUGAUGCCUCAGAAUCCUCUGUCUACUUUGGAACCGGAAGAGAUCACCGAGCAUCUAAUUGAAGAUGACCUCUGGAAAAUGAAGAUGAACUCUCCAACUUGUAGGAGUCCGAAAUCACCAAUUUACAGCAGUGCUUUCUGGAAGGAUUGUGACAGCAUCAAUUUCAAGUUGAUGGACUCACCCUAAUUGCGCGACACCACUUAACUGCAUUGUUAUGCUUUUGUUACAAAACUUGAAUUCUUAUUUGCUGGAAAUAGACCCAGAUAUUAAAUAGUUGUAGUUAUAUCCUUUUGUGUGUGUAAAAAACAUUCGUUUAGUUUGUUAUUUCUUUGUUAAGAACUUGUUCUCUUCUUAAUGCAGACGCGACUACAGAUGAAUCCGAAGUCGUGAUUUUUACUUGUG